GGGAAAAUGAGGUUAGGUUCUCUGAGGAAGUAAUCAAAAGAGCACUUCUUUUAUUGCACAAACGAUGACCUCUGUUGGAUAGACACAGUUGGCUUGAACGGUUGUGCCACUAUAUAAACGGUGCCUGCAGGCUCAAGGCUACAUACCAGGCUUGAGAAGUGCAAGGCCAGCAUCCACUUUAUUGUCUGCAUAGCAGGGAUAAGAAGAGGAAUUAAGCCCCAAGAGUUGGAGGCGAUGUCGUGGUGGAGGUCCAAGCCGCACUUCAGCGCCGACAGCCAGGACUCGAGCUCCAACGACGCGUACCGCGGAGGCAAGGACCGCUCGCCGUCGCGUCGCAAGAAGUCCGACGACGACGAGGAGGAGUACCGCCCAUACGCAGGCUACGGCGCCAACACCAACCGCGGCGGGGCCAACGAAGGCGGUGGCGGCGGCGGCGGCUACAACGGUGGUUACGGCGGCGGGGGCGGCGGCUACAACAACGGCUACGGCGGCGGUGGCUCGUACAGCAACGGCAACGGCGGUAUCACGCCCUACAACGGCGGCGGCGGUGGCUACAACAGCAACUCUUCCUACGGAAACGGCGGCGGUGGGUACAACAACUCUUCUUACGGCAACGGCAACGGCGGCGACGGGUACAACAACGCUCCCAGCUGGGCAUCCCAGGACACCGGCGGCCGGACGCCGAUGUACAUAAACACCAGGGAGGUCCACGUCUAUGGGGCGCCGCAGAACGACGACGACUACAACGGCGACCAGAAGAGGCGUGGUGGCGGCGGCGGCGGGGGCAGCGGGUUCUUCGGUCCGGCCUUCCAUGCCGUCGGCCAUUUCGUCGAUCGUAGGUUCGGCCUCGACGACAGGAACUGAUCGAUCACGCCCAUAUAUAUGGCUGAUUGCGCUGGCCAUGCAGAUAGGCAUGGAUGCUGACGACGAUCGAGUACUACACUACUACUACGUGCUGUUAUGUGUCUUGGAUAGUUUCCAAGUGUACCAGUGAUGAUGUCCUUCAGUUCUGCGCAGUGAUGUGUGUGUGUGGUUUGUGUUGCAUCGUGUACAACAUGAUUUUAUCACGCAGAUGUUGUAUAUGUAUAUAUGUACGCAACUUAAUUACUUCUUGUUCUCUCUCUCAAAAAAAAAAACUUGGUUACUUCUUGUAAUUGCAUGCAGAUACAUAUGGCAACUUAUGGUUUUGUUGUAA